AUGGCAGACAGAACCGAGCAGUCCGUUCCCCCCAUCCAAGACAUCGCCGCCAUACCACUACCAAGCUCUCCACCAGCAAUGGAAGAGCAUCUCGGACAUGUGACUUUUCCGCCUGACCUCUUCCCUCUCGGCGACGUCCGUUCAGAACCGCAAGUGAAAGUCAGCUCAGCUUUUGAAGCGGAACAGCACGUCAAGACCCACAUCGACGGCGAGCUUCCUGUGGACACGGCGCCAGCAACACCCAGUGGCCUCCGCAAAGAGCUCAAAGUGGCGACCGUCAGCAUUUUCUGCACUUCCAUGUCCGCAUUUUGGAACUGGAAUUUCGACUUCGUUAAUGUUGCAUGGGUGUGGCUCGUUAUGGCUGUGAUGAUCCUGUUCUUGCCGGCUGAGCAGGGCGAAGAGGUCUUCGACUGUGGUAGGUGAACGAGUGAGAGCAAGAAGUGGAUUAGAAGACGCUCAUUGUUGCUACAGGAGUCUUGCUUGGUGGAAAGUUGGCUAUGGCGAUUGUGCGGUUUUGUGAAGCGGCUCUCGGACGGCUGUUUGCAAGGGUGCUUGACCAGGACGAGGAAGAGGACGAACAAGAAGACGAAGGUACUGACGGCGAGGACCGUGAGGACUUCGAUGACGAGAGGCAGUAG